AUGAGUACAUACCCAUCUCGCUCGAACCACCUGUAUCCGAACCACAUCCAAACAACAUCUCCAUGUCGAGCAAACCCUUCUCCCUGCUAUCCCAAGAGGUCAUCGACCGGAUCGUUGACUGUCUCGCGGAGCUUCCACUAUGUACACCUUUUCAGAGAACUCAAGCUAGAAGAUGAAUUCGAAACCAGCAAGAAGUUCAAGGCCAAGAUCGCGAAGAAGUGGAAGAUCCUUGACUCCAACCAUUCCCUUGCGGAAAAUGUUCGUAUUCUCGACAUCAGCAUUGGAGAAGAACACAACACCAAGAUCUUCAGUGACGCGACAUUUCUCAAGAUUCUGAACCUUCUGAAGGGGUCUCCCUUUCCACCGCACGCCCUUAGACUCGAACAACCGGGGAAUUCACUCCAACCUGAAAAGAUGCUGCCGGCGUUGGUGAAGGCAUCACUCCACCAAACUUUGACGACUAUCUUCCUUAAAACGACCAUCUACGAUGAAGAUUGCUCCAACGUACCCCUGUCUAUCUUCCCCGUCUGUUCCAAGUUGAAGGACAUCACCCUUCAGGACGUCAAAAUUCCGAAAGAGUCGGAAGAACUUUCUAUCCCAGCUGGCGUCGAUUCCAGCCCACCUAAAAUCCUGCGUCUCGAUUACCGCAACUCUGAUCAGCUCGUCAAAUAUUUCCUGGAGCCACCCCCGUCUCUCGGGCCGCUCGUGGAUCUUUCAAACUUGCACAUUCUGAAGGCCUGCCCACAUGAGAAAGAGGACAUGGCUUGUGUCCAACCGAUCUUGGACAUUGCGUCUGAAACACUCGAAGAGCUUUAUCUUACCACUCUUAGUACUUCGGACAUCCCAGAUGAACGUCGACAAUUCCCACUAGCGAAGCUGGUUAACCUCAAAUCUUUGAGCAAGCUGCGCACUUUCGAAAUCUACGUCAUAAUUAAUGCGAAGGCGAAGCAGCAUGUCGUUCUGCGCGACUUGAUCUCUGUGCUGAAGACUUGCCCCGCCUCAAACUCCAUCCAACGAUUCAUGUUGCAUGUUUCAAUCUAUGGAUCGAAACCUUUCAAGGGCUGCCUCGACGAAGAUUGGGACGGUGUCUGCGAAGAGGUCGUUCGUAUUUCAGCGGACAAGCCCAUGGAGUUCCACUUGUACUCUGCUGUCGAGACUAAUAACCUCUCUACUAAGACAACCGGAGAUGCGGCUCUUUAUCAGAAGAUCGAAGCCCGAGUCGAGGUUGCGCUCGCUGAGCAUGAGCACAUUAGCUUCCACCCGUUGAACACCAUCACGAGAUGGGUGGCAGAGUAG